UUGUAAAUUGCAAUUGUGUGUAGUUGGAAAAAAUCUAAGAGCUAUCAGACUGUUUGCAGAUCAGACUCAGAAUGGGAACCUUUCACUUGGCUGUAAUUUUCAUCCUUCUUGCUUCGAAUGUUUACAGGACAUCAGGACAGACAUGUGAGGGACAAUGUGGCAACAAGUUUGAGUCAUGUUCCUGUCACACUACAUGCUCAUCGCUCAGUAACUGCUGUGAUGACUAUAGGGAGUUCUGUGUGGAGAUUGCUCCAUAUUCCGGAACAUUUUUCGGCGGAACCGAUUUCAUGGUUCUCCACGCGACUUUUAAUCAGACUUUAAUCAAUCAGAUCGUCUGUAGGUUCAAUGGUGACAUCCAGACCGUUGGUUAUGUAGACGCUCAGAGCAGAGGUCACUGCAUCUCCCCUCUGCUCUACGAAACAGGCUGGAUUCCAUUUCAGAUCUCCACCGACAACGGAACGACUUUCAGCAAACAUGGAACCUGGUUAUCAGUCCACACAGGCAAGUCUGACCCCAGCCUGAAGGUGACCUUGGUGAACUCCACCCAGUGGCAGUACUAUGGCACCCCAAACGUGGGAGGGGCUUUGCGUAUGACGUGGAACACCUCAUUGGUCCAGGCAGACAGGGUGAACAUGGAGCUGUGGGGCUACAUGGAGACAGGAGAGCCGUACUCAGAGUCCUGGAGGUCUGAAUGGAGGUUCCUCUACUCACUGGCCACGGACCAGCCUAACGACGGCACGUUCAGCUUUGUGCCCAAACCGGCCGAGAGACCUUUCUCAGACUGGGAGCUGGGUUGUGUGAGAGUCAGCUCCAGCUCGCACCCAGAAGGCACAUGGAAUGUCGGCGCGGUGUGGAGUGAGGACCAUGCUCUAGCCUGGCACCUGGAGGACAAAUUCAGGCAGGACUCUGCAGCCUGGGCGCUGGAUAAGUGCCUAGCAUGGGACCAGCUGGAGAAACGACUUCCAGACUUCCUCAGCGAGACCAUAGACUGCCCUUGCACUCUGGCCCAGGCUAGAGCAGACACAGGCAGGUUCCAUACGGAUUAUGGCUGUGACAUGGAGAAAGGAAGUGUGUGUACUUAUCACCCUGGGAGUGUUCACUGUGUCAGGGCCAUUCAAGCUAGCCCUAAGUAUGCAGCGGGGCAGCAGUGUUGCUACGACAGCACAGGUACCCAGAUCCUGACAGCAGACUCCAUAGGAGGGAGUACCCCUGACCGAGGCCACGACUGGGGCUCCCCUCCCUACAAGAGGCCCCCCAAGGUCCCUGGAGCCUCUCACUGGGUCUACGACGUCCUGAGCUUCUACUAUUGUUGCCUGUGGUCAGACAACUGCGUGUAUUACUUCACACACCGUCCCUCCAGCGACUGCAGGACCUACCGUGCGCCAAAGUCUGGUGUUGUGUUUGGAGAUCCGCACUUUAUCACCUUCGAUGGCCUCGGCUACUCCUUCAACGGCAAAGGGGAAUACACCCUGGUCAUGUCGGAAAGCAGGCGGCUCAGCGUGCAGGGCAGAACCGAACCAGUGAUCCUGAGCAAUGGCACUGCUGUAAAGGCGACAAAGCUGUCGGCUGUUGCCAUGGCGGAGGGGGGCUCUGAUGUCGUAGAGGUGAGACUGAGGGGGGCAGAGGAAGGUCUGGAGGUUCUCCAGAACCAGCGCUCUCUCUCCUUCUCGGAGCAGAGCUGGCUGGAUCUGAAAGGUGUUUUUGUGUUUUCUCCCAUUCCACACAACGUGACGGUCAUGUUUCCCAGUGGAGCUGGGGUGGAGCUUCGACUGAGAGAGGGAACCAUGACAACCACUGUACUCCUGCCAGAAGACUUUCAAAACGCCACCCUCGGCCUUCUGGGAAAUAUGAACGAUGACUCCAAAGAUGACCUUGUAGCAAGCGAUGGUCAACUUGUUUCCAAUCAAAGUAUACCAGAGGAGGUGUUCAAAUUUGGGAGAAGCUGGGCGAUAUUGAACGCAUCCUCUUUAUUCACGUAUGACUCAGAGCACUUGUUGAACACAUAUUUACAUGCUCCCAAACACGACCCUGAUUUCAAUCCGGCGUUUUCUGCCCCCGAGGAUCCAGGAGAUGCUCUGUUGAGCCAGGCAUCUGAGCUGUGCUCUGGAGAAGGUUCUACGUACUGCAGGUAUGACACACUGAUGGCUCGGAGUCUGAGAAUGGGCAAUGCUACAAGGGUAUCGUUUAACAGCCACAUGUCCGCAGUGGAGGACCUCAAAUUAGUGGUGUCCUGUGGUUGGCUCGCUCCGCCCAACAAUGGGAAGAAGCAGGGGACCAGAUAUCUGGAGGGAGCUGUGGUGAAGAUGUCCUGCGAUGACAGCUUUGUCCUGGAUGGUCCAGGAGAACACACCUGCCAGAGUAAUGGACAGUGGUCCGGGGAAACCACUUACUGCGUGACCGAUAAUCUCACAGGAAUUAUAGUUGGUUCAGUCAUCGGAACUCUAGCAUUAAUCGCGAUGAUCACAUCAAUCAUCCUCCACAGCAGGAAGAAAAAAAGAGAAACAUCAGCUGUGGAAACCACCGAUUUCUGAAAGAAAGAGCUUUCUGAAAGGCUUUUAAUUCUCUUCGGCAGCGGUCUAAAACACUCCUUUUUUGUUUUUGUAUUCACUAGUUUAGAGUCGAAAGGAAUGGAUACAUUUUAACUCACAGCAGGGAUGUUUUGUGUCCAGCUCUACUUGACAGCCUAAUACCUAUAUUUAGUUAAGCAGCCCACUGUGUGUAUUUUUUUUUAACUGUAAUA